AUGGCAAUCAAUCAUGCUGAUGAUCACCUCUCUUUUGUUUUCGGCCUUCUUGGCAUCAUCGUCUCCUUCCUUGUAUAUCUAGCCCCAUUGCCAACCUUUUAUAGGAUAUGCAAGAAAAAAUCAACACAAGGCUUCCAAUCACUGCCUUAUUCAGUAGCUCUAUUUAGCGCCACCUUAACGUUCUACUAUGCCUUCCUGAAGACAAGUGCUCUUAUGCUCAUCAUCAUCAACUCCAUUGGGUGUUUCAUUGAAUCCACAUACCUCAUCAUGUUCAUGAUAUAUGCUCCAGGGAGAGCUAGGAUAUAUACGGCAAAGCUACUUAUUUUCUUUAAUUUAGGGCUUCUGGGGUUGGUUAUACUUUGCACGUCGUUAUUGAUUCAAGAGAGUUCUAUGCGACUCACGACUGUUGGAUGGAUUUGUGCGAUAUUUUCUGUUUGUGUUUAUGCUGCUCCUCUUAGUGUCAUGAAGCUAGUUAUAGAAACAAAGAGCGUGGAAUUCAUGCCAUUGCCACUAUCAUUCUUCUUGACAGUCUGUGCAACAAUGUGGUUCAUCUAUGGGCUAUUGAUAAAGGAUUUCUUCAUAGCGACACCAAACAUACUAGGUUUUACGUUCGGAACUGCUCAGAUGAUAUUAUACAUUAUUUACAAGGAUUCGAAGAAACAAGUGUUGCCAGAAUCUGUGCAACGGGAUGGCAUCCAAUUGAGCACAACAGAAGAGACGACAAUGGAGACUAGUGUUGAGCCAAGUGAAUCCAACGUGUGA